CUCAGGGACAGAACAAGAGCCCCAGCAGAGACUUUUGUUGUAGAUUUGGCUUGACCUGGGAUUUCCCAGGGAAUCUUGACUAGAAGAAAUAUGAAUUCUGAAGAUUGCUCCGUAACAGAGAACAGCUCCUUGCAUCUGGAGAGAGGACAAAAAAAUGCCACUGCCAACCCUCAGUUUGCAACACAGCAUGAAGGGUCCCUUCAAGUUCCUAUCCCAUGUGCUGUAGUGAAUGUGGUCCUCAUCACCUUCUUAAUCAUUACUCUAAUAGCCUUGUCAGUUGGUCAAUACAAUUGUCCAGAAAAGUAUACAUCCACAAAAAACAGACAUGAUUCUUCAUGCUCAGAUGAUUGGAUUGUAUACCAGAAGAAAUGCUACUUUGUUUCCACUGUAACAAGGAACUGGAAGUUGGCCCAAAACUUUUGCUCUGAACACAGUGCUACUCUUGCAUUCAUUGAUUCUGAAAGGGACAUGAUCUUUUUAAAACGAUAUGUGGGUAGAGCCGAACAUUGGAUUGGGCUGAAAAAUGAAGAUGGUCGGACAUGGAAAUGGUCAGAUGGCAAAGUAUUUAAUAACUCGUUCAACCUUACAGGAUCUGAGAACUGUGCAUUUCUGAAUAGUACAGAGGUCAGCAGCACAGAAUGUGAAAAUAACUUAUACUGGAUAUGUAGUAAACCCUUCAAAUAAUGAGGAAACAUAUUUGCUUACAGACUAUUAUGACAUGGAACUCAAGGAAAUUCAUGGUAAUGGAUGCUGCUUUAUGGUCAGACAUUUUCCAUAAAGACUUUGGGGAAAAAAUCCAACUUCGUAUUAUUUUGGAAAUCUUCUUCCAAAUGAAACUAUGAAAAAAAGGAAGAGAGAUUCCAGGAAUAUCUAAAUAGUGGAAUACUCCUACCAUGAGCUGAAAAAACACAGGUUGACUGAUCAUUACAUCCAAAAAUGAGAAUGACUUUUAAACUUUAUGGAUGCACUUUAUAUUUUAAAAUUCAGAAAUAAUAAAAUAACUAGGCUUAGAAUUAUUAUUUAUUGUUGAA